AUGGAUGUUAAUGGGCCUUCUGCGACUAUAUGGUGGCAGCUACUUUGUGGUGGGCGUGGUGGUGGUGAGGGCUUGGGGCAUCUUCUUUGUGGUGGGCGUGGUGAGCAUGGUGGGCAUGCUCGGGGUGGUGGGGGUGGCUUGGAGCAGCUACAUGAUGGUGGCCGUGGUGGUGGUGGUGACUGCCAUAAUGAGUUGGCAGGUGGUGGUGAGGGCUCGGAGCAGCCACAUGAUGGUGGCCAUGGUGGUGGUGGUGGUGAUGGUGGUGGUGGUGAGGGCUUGAUGCACCGUGACUGUCAUGAUGAGUUGGCGCAUGAUGGUGAUGGUGGUGGCGGCGGUGAUGAUGAUGAUGUGGGCCUGGAGAGGCUGCUUUGUGGUGGCUGUCGUGGUGAGUUGGUGCAGGAUCUAGGCUUUCAUGAGAUUCAGUAG